UGAAUUGUGGAAGAUGUGCACAUCCUGCUGAUCGGGCUGAGACAAACUAAAAGUCGUCCCUUUAAAUGACAGCAUUGGUGAGCCGGGCAGGGUGCAGCGCGAAGCCUGACCACUGGCAGACACACACACACACACACACACAGAGCUGAAGCUGCCCCGAUGUUUGGCAGUGACGCUCCUUCAGCAGCAGCAGUUAACUUUGGGAAUGGCACCUGCGGAAAAAACCGAGGCACCGUCGCUUUGAGAAGCCGGGCACUUUGAAGCGGAUGGAAGUGCGUCCCCGGCUCUGGAUUGGAAAUGGUGAAGUGAAAUCUCGCCAGGCUGGCCAGCUGUAUCUGAUCUGCCAGCCCCGGGCAUUGACCCCGUCGCCAACACCAGCAGACGCUCAGCCUCUCGCCCACUCUCCAGCCGGGGCAGCACGUCCGCCCCCGGGACACGGUAAAGGCAGCCUGAGCGCGGAGCGGGGCACCAGCAAACCAGGGAGAAGAUGCCUUUCCACCCUGUGCACACCGGCCUCCUGUACAAAGGCAAUUACCUGAGCAGCUCACUGUCCGAUGGCAGCGACAUCGAGCAGUUGGCCAACAUUUCCGAAGAGGAGCUAGAGGAAAUAAGAGAAGCCUUUCGAGUUUUGGAUCGUGAUGGCAAUGGUUUCAUUUCCAAACAAGAACUGGGAAUGGCGAUGAGGUCCUUGGGUUAUAUGCCCAGUGAGGUGGAACUGGCAAUCAUCAUGCAACGUCUAGAUAUGGAUGGUGAUGGGCAAGUGGACUUCGAUGAAUUCAUGACGAUACUCGGCCCUAAACUGUUGUCAUCUGAGGUGCGGGAAGGUUUUCAUGGCAGCACAAUAGACUCCAUAUUUUGGCAGUUCGAUAUGCAGAGGAUUACACUGGAAGAACUGAAGCACAUAUUAUUUCAUGCAUUUCGGGACCAUUUGACAAUGAAAGAUAUUGAGAACAUCAUCAUAACUGAGGAGGAAAGUCUGAAUGAAAGUUCAAGUAACUGUCAUACCGAAUUUGAAGUGCAUUCACAAAAGAAGAACCGACAGACGUGUGUGAGGAAGAGCUUGAUCUGCGCAUUUGGUGUGGCUUUCAUCAUCAGUGUCAUGUUGAUUGCAGCAAAUCAAAUUCUCAGGAAUGGCAUGGAAUAGCUUCCUAACCUACCAGCAACUGUUGGCAUGAACUGGCGUUGCACGGAUGCCAUUCACUGGGUAAACUCCAGCAAACUUCUGGACUAGGAACACAGGGUGAUGUAAAUAAGAGUAGAAUAUAUUUCUACUAGGAAUGUGGAGCCCAAAAUUGAAGUGCUUCUUUUUAGGUUCACACAAUUAGAAUUCAACAGACGGGGAUUAUUUUCUAUUAAAGGGCUGAAUUAUUAAAGGCUGAUUUUUAUACUAUGUAAAGGUACAGAAGUUCUGAAUUAUAGCUAUGACUGGUAGUAAAAUACAAAAGAGAUCAGAAUGGAUCAUGAUUUGAUUACAUCUUUUCUCCAUCUGCUAAUGUUAAUGAAACAAUCAGCAUGACUACCAAACACACAUCUCUUUUGCAUUGCUGUGACUGUCUUUGCGAGAUUAGUCAACAAGGGAAAAGAAAAUCAAACUCCAAGGUGCCCUCCCAUUAACGUCUGUUCAGUCUGAGGUACGGAGUGGAUCAUUUAAAGGAUGCAUGGUUAUUAUUAGAGAACUGAUACAAGAUAAAGAUGCUACACCCCAAGCUUUUGGUGCUGUGCAUUUUUGCAUUGACAAACUCAUAGGCGAGUGACAGCAAAUGCGUAAACAUUAAUGUUUGCAAUGUAUGACUUCACUUGUCUCUGCCGGACCACUGCUGAUGACUGGGAUUGAACCAUACCAAUGCUGCCCUCUAUUGGUGCAGAGUGGACAAUUUCAACGGUGGCGACCAACAAUGGCUGCUUCUGACUCACAAAGGAAAGGUGAUCUUCGAACCGUCUGCUGCUGUUGCUAAACCCAGUGAUCCCAGUGUUUUUGCACCAACAUCAGCAUUCCCAGAUUUACUGCACGGUGCUGCUGGCAAAAAGAGUGGUGGCAUCAUUGGCACAGCUGUAAAGGAAAGGGCUUCUGAAAGUUUAGGAAUGCCCUUGAUUUGAACUAAUUUAGUAACCAUAUAAGCAGCCCACCUGCACCACCUUAAGGGCAAUUAGGGAAGAGUAAUAAAUGCGGGUCAGCCAACAAUGCCUACAUUCCAUGGGUGAAUGAAAAGAAAAAAAUCAUAUUAAUGCAUUCCUGGUAGAAUUAUUCUCUGUAAUAUUCAUAAAGUACUCAUUUACUGAUUUACACCAUUGUAUUGUACUGGUUUUUGCUAGGCUCACAGCUUCUCAUUCCUCACCAGUUAUAGGACUAUAUUUCAGCAACCCCACUCUUACAAAUCGUUUCCUUUCAUUCACUUCCAUUGUUCGUCACUGAUCUGACUUUUCUCACAUACAUCAAUCCAACUAUGAAACCUUGUUCUAAUGUUUCCUCAUUUAUGCUGCUCCUCAUUGCUCCCACACUGGUCCUUUGUCAUUAAUCCCAUGGCUGUUCCUCAGUGCUCUCAUGGGCUUAUACAAUGUGAUAGACUUAUAAGAUGAGGGACAAUUCUGUACAUUUUCAGCCUGUCUCAAGCCUUGUGACUCCAUAUUGUUUGUUUGACAGUGCCCUGGGCAUGUGAAGGUGUGGGGUAGUAAGGCUUUGUGUGCCCUACUCAGGAGCAUCUAAAGUUGGGAGAUGAUUGAACAGGCCAAGUUUUUUUCACUCAAUUAAAAUGCAACUAGCUUGUGAAACAAGACCUGCCACACACAGCCUGCCACCCAGCCUGUUUCUUUUCACAUUUCAUUCUUUUCUUUUUCAUUCUUUUGGCUGAUUUUGCUAAUUGAAACAUUUUAAAGCACAGAAUUGGAAGCAAAAUGCAAAUCUGUCAAUUGUACACACUUCAGCAGCAGAAAUGAGAAAUGGCUGCUUGGUGAUUUUGCAAAAAUUUUAAAAAUAUGCUACGGCCAGAAUAAAAUAUCGUUUGCACAAUAUAUUUUGCUGUCGAAUUUGACAUUACACUUCACAAGCUUAGUCAACAGGUUGUGUUUUGAGACAGGACUAACUGGUUCCGCCCCUACUGCACUUCACUGCACUAUAUACAUGUCUGUCGAAUAUUUAUUCUGGUGCCUCCAGUUAUGUCUCAAGUGGAUUCGAGCGAUGGAUGUCAUGGAAUGUUGGACAGAGUCUCAACUGCAUUCUGUAAUCAUUAACGCUAAAUCAACCCAGCACAGCCCAUUUUCUAUCUGUGAAACACAGAUUUGUAGCCUUUGCUCCAGGUCACUAACAGCCCUCUUCCAUUACCCUCAAUGGUGUCUGCCAGAGGAAGAAGGUGAACACACUAGAAGGUAAACUGAUGCCUUGGUGAGGUGCUCCAUCUAGUGACUGCAUGAGGACUGACAAAACCCGACCCGCAAAACAAACAUUCUUGUGAUUCUUUAGCCUGGGGCUGAAAUAUACAAUUAUUUUGCUUGGAAUACAAUUGUUUGACUGCCUGCAUUGCUAAGUUCAUUAAAAUGCCAAAAGAAAAUGUAUAAUUCACAUAUUAAGCCGAAGAAGUGUUGGAUGACUCUUCUCACUUUUUUCAAUUUGUCACCUAUCGUGACGUUCUUCCUGUUUAGGGGAAUCUUGCCUGACCACCAUUCCUACAGAUUCUUCCUUGGAAGAUUGUGGGCAUUGAAAAAGGUCGGUAGUGGCUAAGAAAUCAUUUUCACCAGAUUGUCAGCAGCUCAGAGGUCCGGUGAUUAAUCAAUAUAGAAACUUCAUGUAUAAAGCAUGGGACUUUAAAGUGCAUUGGCAGCUGCUUGAGUAAUGUUCAUUUAUAAAGCUGCUUCUCCUGUGCACUUCAAGGGGAAUGGAAUGGAAUUUGGAUGCUGUGGUGUUUUAAUUAACUGUGCAAUGUGUGUCCAUUGGAGCUGACAGGCUCUCUGGACUUGCUAUCAGUCUGAUUGACAAGUUGGCAUCCAAUUGGCCAGGAAAUACUCCAGAGCAGACCACAAGAACAGGUAGAAUCCAAAACUCUGGGGAGGAAGUGUGAGAAGAAUUGAUGGCAGUUAGUUGUAAAAAUAUCACUUGUUGUUUCUUCUCCUGGAGUUCAACUGUGGAAAUCUCCCUUGCCCCUUGCUGUUACCAGCUAACUGUACAGAUCUGAUCUGAGCCUGGGAAGCCUACAUGCUCACUGAACUGGAAUCUCCAAAAUAUGCUACUAUUAACGGAUUGUCAAGAGGCAACAAAAAAUACAAGUUUGGGUGGAGUAUGUAAGAAAUGGACCGUAAACUGAACAUAUAAUGUACACUGCACAAACUCACCUGUCGUGUUAUAUUGAUCCUUGUAGAUGAGUGUGGAUGGUGCAACAUCCUUUUCUACCCCAUCCAUGUAAGAAAGUGACUUGUCACUUGGGAAAAUGUAUCUUUUACCUCUGUGCUAAUGAGGACUAUUGCAUUGCGUUACCAAUGGUUUAGUAUGAACAGGCAUACAAUAAAUGAUACACAGUAAAAUUAUAUUAUUGUGGCAUCAAUUGAUGUUAUGGUUCAGUAUUUGAAAUUGAGCAAAAAAGUAUUCUUUCAUCACUGUGAAUUGAAGGUGGAGUUUAUGUGUAGACUGUCAAUUUUAAGCUCCACAAUUCUCCAAAAUGACUAUAAUUCAGAACUUCUAUGUGUUAGAACAGUUACACAGUAUUUCAUUGUUUCAGUAAAAUUAUAUGACAAACUAGCAUACAGUCACUGUAAAUAUUAAAAAUAUAGUCAAUUUUGGCAUGCAUUAAUAAAUGAUUAACAUGAGAAAAUACUAUUUAUCAAUUCUAACUUAUAUAAGUAUACACAUUCUCAUAGCUACCAAAGUUUAUGCCAGUUUAAUCACAUACCUCUUGUAAUGUGCAGUUCCAUCACUUUGAGCAAUGAAAACAUUUGUCCACUUACCUUUAAUGAAACUUUUUCACUAUGUUGUCCUUUCUGGUAAGAAAACACUUAAAGCAACAACCCUCAUGUAUUAAUUUUAAAGUAAAAUUUAAAUUAUUUUUAUAUUAUUUUGGAUAUGCUACUGUCUUAUGAUUGUAAAGGCUACGUGUAAUAUGCCAAUGAAUGAAGAUGUUUAAACUUCUCCAUGUUAUAAUCCACUGUUUUUUUUUAUUUCUCUGACCCUCACUGUUGUGAUGUACAGCAAAACUGCAACAAUCUACAGAGUAGAAUUUUCUUGCAUGGUUUUCUCAAUUUCUGUCGCAAUGGGAGAUCAGGAGGAUCAUCUCACAUCCCCUCCCCUCCAUCCACGGAAAUUGAGUCCCCUUACCUUUUCCUUACUUUCUAACCUCCGAAGUGUUGUUCAAUUAAGCAGCUGAAACUUGUGCAGAGUAGGUUCUGCAACAAGAUGAAGGUGGCCCUCAAAGGGCCAAAAUAGACUAUUAAAAGGAACUUGAUGAAAAUUGAAUCCUAAUAUGAUUUAAAUGGCUCAACAUUGUAUUGACAUGCAUUACACCUGCUACCCCUUUAGAUCAAGGUUUUUGCAUCUCUGCAUAGUCUCAUGCUCAAUGAUUUGCUUGCUAAGUUUUAUCCAGUUUGUGGUAGGAAGAUUAAAUAGCACGUCAUGUUGGAUUAUCGUUGACAAUUUCAAUAAGAGUUGAUAAGUUCUGAUUUCACUGGUCCAGAUCACAGAAGCCAACAUUUUAUUGAGCAGAUUGCUGUCUCUCCAUGACUGCACCACUUUCAGUCUCAAUGCUGGUGUUAAGGUACAGGGCCAAUACCAAGUGUCUUCAAGUACUAUCUGUGUCCAAAAUAGCUCAGAACACAUUGGAAUGUAAUGUGGCCCUAGGGGUUUGUCAACGUUCCAGGAUUAUCCUUGGAGUUACCGGAAUUAAAGUUUUAACCUCCUGGAUAUUGCUGUGAGCAUGACAAAAUUAACUCAGGCAAUAAAUUUACGCCAAUGGAACCAGAAAACCUUGUGAUGUGUAUAUUUAACCAGAGAUGGCAACCCUACUGCCCAAAUGGACUCCCAUUGAGUCCACAAGCUGGGCAAUAACUUACAAGCUAAAAGUUUUGUUAACUAAAGGAAGCCAACCAGUGACUAAACAGAAUGUCAUAGUAAUGAUUAGGUUUAAGUGAUAGCCUCUGCCAAAUCAGUAUCAAAUUAUUUAUCACAGCAAUGUUAAGAAACUAUCUGCUGGCACACAACAUAGCUCUUUGGCAUGUUCAAAUGCUUACAUAAUCUAAUAGAAUAUCAGAUAGUACCAUCGAAGCUAGGAUGCUGUUCUAUGAUCAAAUCAUCAAUGAAAAUAAUGACAUUCCAAGAGAAUUCAGAUUACAUCUGCCAAGUAAUAUAAAUAGCUGGAGAUUGAUGGAAACUUGGGAAUAACGGCAAUGUCAUUAGUUGUAAAGAUGGACUUCCAUGUGCAUCACUGGGUCAUUUUGGCUUUGUGUAUUAUGAAACAGAUGAUAUUCCAAUAACGGCUCUCUUUACAUUUCCCAGCAUUUUCAUUUUCAUUCAGUUAAGUGAGUAGUAAAAAGCAAGAGAGAUGUGACACAUGCUGCUGACUGCAAAGUAUAAACAUGGAAGAAGUACCGGAAAACUGGAAGGUGGCUAAUGGUGUGCCAUUGUUUAAGAAAAGGUAUAAGGAAAGGUCUUUAAACUAUAGACCUGUGAGUCUGAAAUCAGUUGUGGGUAAGCUGUUCGACGUGAUUCUGAAAGAUAGGAUUUACAUGCAUUUGGAGAGGCAAGGAUUGAUUAGGAAUGGUCAGCAUGGCUUUGUGCAAGCAAAGUAAUGUCUCACAAACUUGAUCAACUUUUUAAAUGAAGAUACUGAAAAGAAUGAUGAAUACAGAGUGGUAGACGUUAUUUACUUGAACUUUAGUAAAGCCUUUGACAAGGUUCCAUUUGUUAGACUAAUUAUUAAAGUUAGAUCACAUGAGAAUCAGGAUGAGCUUGCCAACUGGAUACAAAAGUGGCUUUAUGGUAGGAGAUAGAUGGUGAUAAUGGAGAGAGAUAAUGGGAGGUGAUAAUGGAGGGUUGUUUUUCAGACUGGAGGUCUGUGACCAGUGGUGUGCCACAGGGAUUGGGACUGGAUCCACUUUGUUUGCCAUUUAUAUUUGGAUGACAACAUAGAAGGUAUGGUUAGUAAGUUUGUAGAUGACACCAAAAUUGGUGGUGGAAUGGACAGUGUGGAAUGUUAUCUAAGAUUACAAAGAGAUCUUGAUCAAUUGGGGCAAUGGGCAAAGGAGUGGCAGAUGGAGUUCAUUUGGAUAAAUGUGAGGUGUUGCAUUUUGGUAAUGUGAGCAAGGACAGGACUUAAAUAAUUAAUCAUAGGGCCCCAGGUAGUGUUGUAAAACAAAGAGAUGUAGCGGUUCAGAUACAUAGUUCUUCGAAAUUUGCAUCCCCGGUUAACAAGAUGGUUAAUAAAGCAUUUGGUAUGCUUGCCUUCAUUGCUCACACCUUUGCAUUUAAGAGUUGGGAUGCCAUGAAGUGGUACAGGCCUUUAACGAGGCCUCUUCUGUAGUGCUGUGUGCAAUUCUGAUCACCCUGUUAUAGGAAGGAUAUUAUUAAACCAGGGAGGAGUCAGAAAAGAUUUGCAAGUAUGUUGCCAAGAAUGGAGGCAUUGAGAUAUAAAAAUAGAUUGUAAAGGCUGGGACUUCUUUCACUGGAGUAUAGGUUACAAAGGGGUGACUUUACAGAGGUACAUAAAAUCACGAGGGCCAUAGAUAAGGUAGUGACAAGGAUCUUUUCCCUAGGGUGGGGGAGUGCAAAACUAGGAGAUAUAUUUCUAAAGUGAGAGGAGAAAAAAGUACAAAGAGCAUGAGAGGAAACAUAAUUUUACGCAAAGAGUGGUUUGUGUGUGGAAUGAACUGCCAGAAAAAGUGCAGGUUGCAGUUACAAUAUUUAAAAUACAUUUGGUAAGUUCAAGAACAGGAAAGGUUUGGACAGAUAUGAGCCAAGUACAGGCAGCAGAACUAGUUUAGUUUGGGAACAUAGUUGGCAUGGACUGGUUGGGCUGAAUGCUGUAUGACUGUAUGACUGGCUUACAAAAUAUUGUACAAAGUCAAAAUCCAUGUCCACUGUGUGCCACUUGACAUAAGUUUCUACAGUGUCCCAUUUAUACUGGAAUUAUGCGUUUGUGUCAAUGAAACAAAUAAUAAAUGAUGGGGUUUUGAAACUUGGAAUUAUUUAGUCUAAGUGACUCUUAGAAAAUCAAUUCUUACCAUUGGAUUCCAGAAUGACCUCUGUAACAGAGAUUAGCACCAGAUUACUGAUGUGAAACAAAGAAUUUAGUAUAAUGGGAUUCAUGACAAGCAUAAUGUUGGAACUCAACACACAAUUCUGACAUCAGUAAGAGAGACGACGUCGGACUAGGUUGAGUAUCUGAAGAGAGAGGUCUUAGACAUUAGGCUAGAAAGCUGUAUAUGAGAACCUUCAACAGGUGUAAAUGGAGAGUAUCAAAGAGUUGAACAGCCUUUCUUAGAGAUAAGGAGCAAGCAGCAUCUGGACCAGUGUAUGCGCUGACACCCUCAGCCUGAGGCUUUCUAUACUGAUAUCUCAAUGCGGGUAGCAAUAUUGGCCUAAAGCACAUGAUAAACUAGGCUUUCGGUGCACACUGUUAGUGUACAAAGUGAAUUGGACUUUUCUUCAGCAACAAACCUUGGUAGUUAGGAUUCGUAUCAGACUGUGUUGAUUCAAACUACAUGAGACCUCAUUGGUGGCAGCAGUUUAAAUAGACCGUACAAGGAAGUGUCCAGUCCUGCUCAGAAAGAUUGUAAAUAUGAAAUUAGUUACAGCCCUUAAUUUUUUUUAAAAAAAUGAUAAACUAUUUAAUGUAUGCAUCUGGUUUCACAACAGAAUAUUAUUUCUCUCCCAGUAGACUGUGCAUGUCUUACUAUAUUACCAUCACAUAUGCUCCAGAGGAUUAGGAAGCACUUGGCGAUUGAAGUAAUUGGGUCUUUUAGAAAGAAAAAUGUCUUUCUGUACAAUCAUUUUGAAGACAUGCUGAUAGAUCUCAUUCUUAUCUGAACUGACCUGCUGAGCAUGCCAACAACUAUACUGUACAAAUCUGUAAAGCAAAAUUGAUUGUGCAUUUGUUCAUUAUUUUUAUUUUUACUAAUAUUUCUCAGGGU